GGGACGUCGUCGGCACGUCGUAGGAGGCUCUGGAGCUAAGUUGUUAAACCGGCUGCCAGUUGCUUGAACGAACCGUACCCUCUUCUUUCUUUAAGACGAUUCCAUUUACGUAACUUUCUUCAAGUUUUUUAUUUCGUUCUCCUUGAUGAAAAGGUGGUCGUGGGGCGCAUUAGUGUCGGUUUCGACCAAGGAAAGACAGUGCGGUUGAAUUACACCAAGAAUUGGCUAACACUAGCUAGCCUCCACCUGUUAUUCACAGCAGGAUAGUUAUUGUCGACUGCUAACUCAGCCCGGGUUGCGGGCUGAUAUUCCGCCUUUGUAUACCGAGGAAUACUACGACUUCCAAAAUGCUACAGUGAGUGAUGCGUCACGCGUUGCUAUUAGCGAUGGGCAUCUGGGGAGCCCAGGCGUGUACGGGCCCAGGUACCUGUCCCACGGUACCUCCAAACAUCACCUCCAAGGAUUACUGUUACUCGGCCCGCAUCCGGAGCACGGUGCUUCAGGGCCUUCCCUUCGGGGGGGUUCCCACCGUGCUGGCCCUGGACUUCAUGUGUUUCCUGGGUCUGCUGUUUGUGUUCUCGAUCCUGCGUAAAGUAGCGUGGGACUAUGGUCGUCUUGCACUGGUGACCGAUGCUGACAGCGUGGACUUCCUCUGUGUGUGUACAGCGCAUGAGCCACACAGCGAGAUUUACAGGGAGAGCGUGGCUUCUGGCACGACGUCGGACACCUACGACCGCUACGACCGGCCAGCGUCCGUGUCCAGCUCCGUUGACCUCGACCACCGGGAUACGGGCUUUUGCUCCUGGCUUACGGCCAUCUUCCGCAUCAAGGACGACGAGAUCCGGGAGAAGUGUGGGGAGGACGCGGUGCACUACCUCUCCUUCCAGCGCCACAUCAUAGGCCUGUUGGUGGUGGUGGGGGUGCUGUCCGUCGGCAUCGUCUUACCGGUCAACUUCUCUGGAAACCUACUUGAAAACAAUGCCUACAGUUUCGGGCGCACCACUAUCGUCAACCUGGACGCAGAUAACACACUGUUGUGGCUGCACACAACCUUCGCCUUCCUCUACCUGUUACUCACGGUGUACAGCAUGCGGCGACACACUUCCAAGAUGCACUACAAAGAGGACGACCUGGUGAAACGCACUUUAUUCGUCAACGGGAUCUCCAAGUACGCCGAGGAGAAGCACAUAAAGCAGCACUUUGAGCAGGCGUAUGAAAACUGCAUCGUUCUGGAAGCCCGCAUCUGUUACAACGUGGCCAUGUUGAUGUCCCUCAACUCGGAAAGGAAGAAGGCCGACAGGAGCAAGAAGUUCUUCACGGACCUGCAGAACAAGGAGCACAUCCCCACCAUGAUCAACCCCAAGCCCUGUGGGCACCUGUGCUGCUGCAUCAUGAAAGGCUGCGAGCGGGAAGAGGCGGUGAGCUACUACACUAACCUGGAGGCCAAGCUCAGGGAGGAGUACAGGCGGGAGCGCGACAAGGUCAACAGCAAACCCCUGGGGAUGGCCUUCGUCACCUUCCAGAACGAGGCCAUGACCGCUGUAAUCCUGAAGGACUUCAACGCCUGCCAGUGUCAGGGGUGCCAGUGCCGCCAGGAGCCCAAGUCGUCCUCCUUCAGCGGCUCGUUGCACACCAACAACUGGACCGUCAACUACGCCCCCGACCCCCAGAACGUCCUCUGGGAGCAUCUGUCAGUGGGCGGGGUCACCUGGUGGGUGCGCUGCUUCAUCAUCAACUGCGUCCUCUUCAUCCUCCUCUUCUUCCUCACCACGCCGGCCAUCAUCAUCUCCACCAUGGACAAGUUCAACGUCACCAAGCCCGUCGAGUACCUCAACAAUCCAAUCGUCACCCAGUUCUUCCCCACCCUCCUGCUGUGGUCCUUCUCCGCCCUGCUGCCCACCAUCGUGUACUACUCGGCCUUCCUGGAGGCCCAUUGGACCCGGUCCGGGGAGAAUCGGACCACCAUGCACAAGUGUUACACCUUCCUGAUCUUCAUGGUCCUGCUGCUGCCCUCUCUUGGACUCAGCAGCCUGGAUGUGUUCUUCCGCUGGCUGUUCGACAAGAGUUUCUUGGCCCAAGCGACUGUGAGAUUCGAGUGCGUGUUCCUCCCCGACAACGGGGCCUUCUUCGUGAACUACGUCAUCGCCUCGGCGUUUAUCGGAAACGCCAUGGACCUGCUCCGGAUCCCUGGCCUGCUCCUGUACAUGAUCCGUCUGUGUCUGGCGCGCUCUGUCGCCGAGCGCAGGAACGUCAAGAGGCACCAGGCCUUUGAGUUCCAGUUCGGUGCGGCCUACGCCUGGAUGAUGUGCGUCUUCACGGUGGUCAUGACCUACAGCAUCACCUGCCCCAUCAUCGUCCCUUUCGGGCUGAUGUACAUGCUGCUCAAGCACCUGGCGGACAGGUACAAUAUGUACUACGCCUACCUGCCCUCCAAGCUGGACAAGAAGAUCCACUCUGGGGCCGUCAACCAGGUGGUGGCCGCCCCCAUCCUCUGUCUGUUCUGGCUGCUCUUCUUCUCCACUGUGCGCACAGGAUUCACCGCGGCGACGUCCAUGUUCACGUUUGUGGUCCUGAUCAUCACAAUCAUCAUCUGCCUCUCUCACGUCUGCUUCGGACACUUUAAGUACCUCAGUGCUCACAACUACAAAAUUGAUGCCGUUGAUGGGGACCGGGUGGAGAACGGGAUUCCCGCGAGGGCCGCGGCCACCAGCAAACAAACGCAGACGUACAUCGCCCAGGUACUGCAGGAACCCAACGGGGAGGAGGUGAACUCAGCCAGCGAGGACGACGGCCAGGGCUCCUCGCAGGACGAGGAGAUCCUCAACGGGACCAACGGCCUCCACGAGGAGUUCCAGUCCGGGGAAGACAGCCUGAUCGAGAACGAAGUGAGGCACUGAGGCCGUGGGCGUGAGAGGGACACACAUAAGAGACUGAUGGCGUGCACUGAUGACGGCGUGCACUGAAGAUGUGGAUUCUAGGCGAGGACCGGAACCCGGACCGGUUUUUCCCCCCCGCCGCCAGGGGCAUCUCGUCCUCCACCAGAGGAACUCGACACUAACGUAGGCAAUACUUUCUCUAAAGAAUUACUAAGAACCGAGGGGAACUGUGGCUCAAUAGGAGGAAGACUCGCUCUGAAUCGCGCAAGACUCACCUCAUCCAGACAUCCAUCCGCUUAACCACGGAGGGGAAUACGCUUUUACCGAAAGGACCGCUGCGACCCUCUCUCCUUGACAAGGAUUAACAACCCACCCUCAUGCAGCAAGAAAACACUGAUGCAUCAAUGGAUUUGUAAUUUUUUGUUUUUGUUUAUUCUUAAUAUUUUUUUCCGAGCGUUAUUGCACUUGAAAAGAGUAGGAGGGGCCUCCGAGCUGUCGCCUCGCUCCGCCCCGGAGCCCUGGCACGGUUGUCCCCUCGUCUCUGAGUAUUAGUUUGUUAUUGUAGGCAUGCCUUCCAAGUUGUGCGGACAGGGGGACUUCCCCAUAAUCCAUUGCCCGCGUCCCCUAGUGUCUGCACUAGAUACUGCAGCUGCAUAAGCAGCUUAUGAGAGGGAGAACAAGAGGGAGAGAAAAAUGCCGGCAUACAGUUCUUCUCCUGAUCAUGGUGGGUUAGAUGACCUCCCCUUGCUCCUUAAAAUUAAUAAACCCUUGACUAACACUCUUUUGCUUUGGAAAGUAACAAGAAGCUACACAGUUCUGGAAGGCCUUUCUCAAAGUAAUUUUCAUUUCUCUAGGCGCGGUAAUUUAAACGCUAACAGGAAAUCAUGAUCCACCCUUUAUGAAUGGACGGUUAUGGCUUCCAUCUCAGCACACUUAUGCCUUGACACUGGUUCGCUUCCUAGUUUGUUUUUUGCCCUCUGGGCCUUCGCUGAGACCUCUGCUGCUCUGGACUGGGUGUCCUGUAGUGGGGAAAGUCAUUACAGUGCCCUUAAUGGGCUCAGCCAGGAGGAUAAGCCCCUAGUACCUACCACACUGGUCUCUUAUCUGGUCCAUUGGACGCAGCAAUCGGCCUGCUAAAAUCUUGCGGCUGUUUGGGGUUCUGUUUUUUUUUUAUGUUUGCCCGUCCCUCAAACCAUUUUGUCUAGACGUUUACAUCUCAUGUUUCUAAGGUUCUCAUGGCCUGUCGGGGUCUUUUUUGUGAAUAAGCUGACAAGAGUGACUGAAAGGUCGCUGCUAGGGCCUCUACCAGCGUUGAGGAUUAUAGUUUGUUAUUGUGUCCUGCGGAUGGGUUUAAUAAUGUGAUGCCCUGCGUCCUGUCUAAUGUGUCUCAGUGUUUAAGAAUGAAGGUGAUCAUGAGUUUGAGCCGGGUGUCGCAUUGUUUUCAACUUGGGGUGUUUGAUAUAUAAUCUAUGAUGAAUCUCAAUCUUAGGCCAAUGGAUCGUAGGCUAGGGUUUCUCCUUAUUCCACCGAUGGAAAGACCUUUAUUCGAUUUUUGCCCUUUCCAUUGUAAGUUAAACGGCCAACGUCUCCUCUCUGUUGGUCGAUAGUGUACACUGUACUCAAGCGAGCUUGCCCAAGGAUGCAUUCCAAAGGCCAGAACUUAAAAACCCUUUGUGGUAGAAUACUGUAGUUUGAAUGCUUUCCACAGCAGGUAUGCUGUGUGAGACUGGUGUGUGUAUUAACCUUUUGUCCUUUUGGCAGUGCCUCUGUCCUAAAAACGUUGGCUAAUGCAGAGGCCCAAACAAAUAUAUGUAAAUCUCUACACUAGGCCACUAGUCCUUCCUAAGUGCAAUGUAGUGCCAGCACAAAGAUGAACCAACUCAGGAUUUCUCAAGCUUCCUAUACAGUUCAUGUCACUAUUUUUAAACCGAUGCGAGUAUUCCCAUUAUAUGUGGAUGGGAUUGUUUUUGAAUGAAGGCACAUUGUUGCAGACGGCACCUGAUAAGACGACCGCGUGCCACUACGGACCACUUGUUAUGAGACGCUAAUGUGAUGAAGAAUGAAUAAGCUGCUCAGAGAUCUGUUAUGGGGAAAAAAAACGUGCGUUUUGUGUUUUUACUUUCACUCUUAUGAUUGACAGAAGGACGUAUCUCUGUGGGUGUGAUGAAGUCAGAACGGUUGUCAUUUCUCUAUGGGAAUAUUUCCCGCCCCCUCCUUUACUUUCUUUAACUGGGUUUGUUCUGGUUUUAUCUAGAUGGUUUGUUUUCACACCACCGUACCUGGUGCUCUUCUGGUCAUGAAAAGGUGAUUUAUGUUGAUUUCUUUUCUUUGUUUAGUUUUUUGUUUUUUGUUUUUUUAUUCUAGAAAUCACUAAAUGUCUAAUAGAUGAUGGUCCUGCCAGGGGUGGUAGUAGAAGUACUACUGCAGCUUAACGCAUUGAUCAUCCCUCAGCUCUGUCCUUUCAUCACGAUUAACACUGAAUGUAGUUUCCUCUCGCCCCCUCCCAGCUUGCGAUUUUAUUGAUUAGUGACUUCAAAGUAAAAGGUGAUGUAAGUCACCAAAAUGAAGUUGUCAUAAUGUAACAACAAUAUGUAGUGGCUUUUGCCGUUGUAGUCACAUGUUGUGACAUCUUAUUAGAAAAGAAAAGUCUUUACCAUAUUAUGUCUGGCAUACGAUGGAAUUAUGUCCCAACUGUCCCAAGUCAAGAUAUUGUUUCAUUCUUGUGUUAAUGCUUUUUUUGUUGUUGUUGAAGGAUCUUUUUUUCAAGCUGACCUCCAAUAAAAGUUAUCAUCUUAUGUGUACAAUAACUCAGCAGGGAUAGUUAAAAAGCGCUUUGUGAUUGUGUUUUGCUUUUGUCCUUUUUAAGGAGUCUUUAUUGAAUGAUCCGAUUAACUGUAGCUGAUGUGUGGGUAGCUUCUUCCCGUUCUUCCCCCAAGGGCUGUGUACAAAAAUAGCAAUAUUUAUCUGUUCAAUUGACCCACUUCUCUGUACAAUAAACAAUACUAUGUCCGCUA